AUGACGAUCAGACACAUUUCCAUCGACAUGACCCUCGAAGACAUGCUGAUCAACGACCUUCUCAACAGCAAUAUCAUCCUCAGGAAUAAGAUCGCCGACGACCUCGCCAACAUGGGCAUGGCAAUCGAAGACACAGUCAUCAACAAUCUUGCCGACAGCAACAUCGACGUCAAAAGCAUAGUCAUCGACAAACUCACCACUAUGAACAUGAUCCUCACAGAGAUCGCCAAGAUGGUUAGACCCUUGAAAGCAUGGUCAGGAAUGACCUCGUCAGCAGCAACAUCAACAGCAACAUCGCCCUCGCAGGCGUGGUCAUUGAUCACGCCAACAGACACGCCACCCUCAGAGUAUGACGAGGAAGACCCUGACUGGCCCUUUGUCGGGCGAAAGGCGCCCUUGCCUCCUUCACCUCCUCUACGACAGAGAGCUCCAACUCCGGAUGAGGUCACGGAAGCGUUCCUUUCCCAUACGCUCUAUCCAUUGUUCGGCCUGUCUCGUCACCCAAAUCCACGUGGGUUGUGGACCCUAGAACAGAACGAAAAGACCCCAUCCCCAUCAGCCUCGAACGACCCGCAGUACCUCGACCACGAAACCUCCUGCAAACGAAUCAGAGCAAUACUAAAUUACUGCUACGUGGAGGAACUCGACUAUCGCAAACAGAAUCCCGCCAAACGCUCCUCAGCAGUCCUUUCCAUUCCUCGGUGUAGAGGUUUUGAACAAGAAGUUGAGGCUCUGGGCGUCAGAUUCCCGAUUGAAGGAGAGCUUGAUUUCGUUGUGAACAACGCUGCGGAGCCUGGCAAUGGUAUCGGCGUUGUCAUCUGCGUCAAUCCGUGGCCGUCGACCAUCCUUUGGCAGUACAUCUCAUUCAUGGCACUCUGCCAUAACGCUCGAAAGAGUGAAAACAAACGGCUCACCUCGGUCCACGGCGUUGCGACCAACGGAAAAGAAUUCUACUUCCUCGAGAUCGACGACAACGACAUGGUACGAUACCCGAUUUCCGCAUAUCAGCAUCAAUAG